GUGCUCUGCCUCGGGAGGACGGCAAGCAACCGUGGUGCAGGGCUCCUUGCCGGCGAGCGGUUCGGAUUCGAUUUCGAACGUCAUGGCUCUGGUAACGUCCACGCUUACCAACGGAAUCCUCCGAGUGGUUCUGUGCAAUGCCAGGAAACGGAAUCCUCUAUCUAGUGAAGCUCUGAACCAGCUCGAAUGCGCAUUUAGAACGGCUUCUGAUAAGAGCUGUCGAGCAGUAGUGAUCACAGCGGAGGGCCCUGUUUUCAGUGCUGGUCAUGAUCUACGAGAACUGAAAUCCCUGGAUCCUCAAAAGCAAUAUGAACUCUUCGCGAGGUGCGGGAGCCUGAUGAACUCUCUGAGACAUCUCGAGGUACCCGUCCUGGCCGCAGUCGAGGGCUUGGCUGCAGCCGCAGGAUGUCAACUUGUGGCUGCAUGCGACAUGGCCGUGGCAGGACCCGAAGCUCGAUUUUCUUUACCGGGUGCAUCUGUAGGUUUAUUCUGUUCAGCGCCCUCAGUCCCCGUGGUGCGUUGUGUUGGUCAGAAGGCCGCUGCCUUCAUGCUAUACACAGGGACGAACAUCGAUGCGAUUCAAGCUCUGCGGUUCGGCUUGAUUUCUCAUCGAGCAGAAUCGAACGAAGCGCUCGGGGCCCUGGUUGAAGACAUAGUGCAAGACAUCGCCAGGAAGCCUAAGGAUGUGAUCUCGCUCGGCAAACGCUUCCUGCAACGUGAGGCCAAAGUGCAAGAAGUGCGUUCAUACGAAGAUGCGGCUCGAGUCAUGGCGGACAAUCUCCAGUUGAAAAAUGGCAAGGAAGGCCUGGAAUCGUUCGUGGAAAAGAGGCAUCCCCAUUGGCAGUGAUACGGUCGUGGGUUGGCCUCGCUCUCGAUCUUCCGACGUCAGGCGUGGCCUCCGUGGGAAACAUUUCCAGGCUCACGAAGAGCGACCGAAUUCCUUUGUCGAUGAUGUCGUUUCGAGGGCUCGGUCGUGUGGACCUUGUACACGUUGCGGUGUGC